GUCGAUGCUAAUAAUAAAAGUACAGCCAAAUCUUUGGUGGCCACUGCCACCGUAGCUUCUCGUACCGCUACUGUUGGGAGUUUUACGUGAGCUACGCCAUGGCCGAGGAGCCGCGGAGAGGUCCUCCCGUGGUGGAAAUCGUGUUGCCGACCUACAUCACAAAGCCUAGCGAGGACGAGAAGUUUUACCCGUCCGAGGUCAAGGCAGUGGCGGAGAAGGCUGUGGAGGCCGAGCUUCAGGACAAAGAAUACGACGGAGAGGAGGCCAAGGAGUGGAGUCUUAACAUUGCGGACACAAUUCGAGAAGGGGUCAAGACCCUCAACGUUCCCCGGUACAAGAUAGUGGUGCAGGUGACGAUCGGGCAAAUGAAAGACCAAGGAGUGAGGGUGGCGUCACGCUGCCUGUGGGACACGGCGACAGAUAACUAUGCCUCAGUUCAGUUCAAGAACCAGAGCCUGUGGUGCUCGGCGAUGGUGUUUGGGGUGUUCACCGAAUAGCCGGCCGAAGUGAUGACACUUUGCCGAUGAUAGUCUGAGAUCGACGAGUGCUCGUGUUGCUGCGAUCAGCUGGAGAGUAUCAGUGAUACUGCUUCC